AUGCGUAAGGUGAAGCUCGAGCCGACCCUUAUCAGCUACAACGCUGGGAUCAGUGCGUGCGGGAAAGGCAUGCAGUGGCAGCGGGCUCUAGGACUACUCGGCGACAUGCGCGAAAUGAAGGUCGAGCCCACUUUUAUCAGCUACAGCGCUGGGAUCAGCGCGUGCGAGAAGAGCAAGCAGUGGCAGCGGGCUCUAGGACUGCUCUGCGAGAUGCGUGAGGUGAAGCUCGAGCCGACCUGUAUCAGCUACAACGCUGGGAUCAGCGCGUGCGGGAAGAGCAAAAGAGCAAGCAGUGGCAGCGGGCUCUAG